UUGGUUGUGAUGGUCGCUGUGAGGAAGCUGAUGGAGAAAUUCUUCACUACGACUGAUUUGAAGUACUUGGAUGACCCGAUGCCCGAUUUCCAUCUCAGAAAGAAGGAGGAUCUGAAGAGACGACAGAGUGUAGGAGAACCGGUUGACAUAGAGCUUGAGGACAAUCAGGCGACUAUCCAUGCAGUGAAGACAGAGGCGCAUCUCCAUAUUCCAAUGGCUAGUGGCAACGUGAUCAAGAUUCCGUUGGCAGCCAUUCAAGAACCGAGUCAUUCGAUCAAUAUGACGAAAGAAGUCAAUAGCAGCGGUAUGUGGAAGCACAUUAGUUCGCGCGACUCGAAAAAUUCCCUCGAUAAGGAAAUGCCGAAGACUGCAGUGUGA